AUGGCGGCGGCCCUGUGCGCGGGGGCGCGCGCGGCGCUGCGGGGCUGGCUGCCCGCGGCCGGCAGGAGCUUCUCCGUGGGUGUCCCCAGGAACUACUUCAUAAGGCGCACCCUCCCGCCUCCCCGAGAGGUCGACCGCUGGGACGAGAAGCGGGCUCUGUUCGGCGUCUACGACAACAUUGGGAUCCUCGGAAACUUUGAGAAGCAUCCCAAGGAGCUGAUCCGCGGCCCCGUGUGGCUGCGGGGCUGGAAGGGGAACGAACUGCAGCGCUGCAUCAGGAAGAAGAAAAUGGUGGGGAACAGAAUGUUCCUGGAGGACUGGCACAACCUUAACAAGCGCAUCCGAUACCUUUACAAACACUUCAACCGCCGCGGCAAGCACCGCUAGGGACGCGCUGGGGACGCCGGGGUGGCCGGGCCGGGGUGGCCGGGGCCGAGGGGACGGUGGCAGCACACUGUCCGUAAUAAAGAAGGGCUGCCUCGGAACCUCUCAGUACCGCAGCGCACUCCUGCGGCUCCGGAGUUCAUUUCUUUCUUCCAUCCUGGGGCUGGAACUCAGGGCCUGGGCACUGUCUUUGGGCUUUUGAGCUCAAG